UUUUAGAUGUGUCCUUGAUACAGCUCCAAGAAUUGUGUGAGCGGCUUCCGUCUGUCACAUGACCACAGCGUUCUACAGUCAUUGGUUCUGCAUAAUACAUAUUCAUUAAACGCCUUAAAAGCUUCGAUUUCUGCUCAGUUAGCGGUCUUAUUUCACUCGUUUUUCAACUCAAAUAUUUGGGGGUUGUAGCCGCCCUCUUUAAUCUGAAGGGUAACGGUUGUUUAUCCGGGACUCUCUAUUUCGGCUGCGCAGUCGCACUCAGGAUGUUUGCCUUCUCCCUACAUGUUGAAAAACUACAUUAACCGUCAACCGUGGUUUGUUAGGUGAAGUCACGUGGUACCACAGGCUACAUACAUAGCGUCUUUGGGCUGAGUAGGUGGGACACUGGCUGUUUCUGUUGAGGCAUAUUUGAGAAAUGCACGCCGAUUAUGUGGAAAUGGCUCGUGCUUGAAUGUCCGGACCGAGACUCAUCUGUGAUGGAAGCUGCGCUCAAUAACCGCUGAAAGUGUGGUGUCAACGUUAGCGCGGCAAGCUCGUCAGGAUGCGAAUGACUUUUGGGGUUUCGAGCAGUGUGACGCUGCUGUUUGACUUCUGGGAUGUGCACAGCCCUGCAGGGAUGGUGGUGACAGUGCUGGUGGUCUUGCUUCUGACUGUCUUUUACGAGGUGCUUAAAGUGUGGAGAUUGUGGCUGGGGAAUCCCUCCAAGCUGACCCAGCCUCAGUCUCCAUACGACGCCCCAUCUUCCCACUGCGACAGCAUCUCUGUCCUGGACAGCAGCCCCUCUGAAUCCUCACUGACCCCUAUAGCAUCAGUCGUUACACCUCAAAGUACCAGGAACAGCUGGUUGUUGCACAUCAUACAGACGGUCCUCCACAUGCUGCAGGUGUCUCUGGCCUACAUGCUGAUGCUGUGCGUCAUGUCCUAUAACACCUGGAUAUUCCUCGGGGUCAUCACGGGGUCGGUCCUCGGUUAUUUUAUCUCAUUUCCUCUCUUAGGUCGGAUGUGAUGGCACAGACAUUUAAUAGUGAAAUAAAGAAAAGUUUACUUUUUACUAUCCGAGGAUCUCGAAGGAUGGAAAAAUUGGUGGAGAAUGAGCCACGUGACACUAAACUUUGCCUAAACCUCAUCUGGAUAUAGAAACUGAAAAUGAUUUUAAGCUUCCAGAAAACAGAAAAUGCUACAUUUUAACAUUUGUCCCUAAUUAACAAAUAACUCAUUUCUGUUAAAGGUACAUAAUGUUAAGAAAACACUCAGUUUUUCAGUCCUAGUAUUAGUUCUGCUUCACUUUUAAGUCAGCGGACUGUGUGAGUAAUACCUGUGGAAAAAUGAUUUUUUUCUUUUUUUCUUUUAAUCUCCAGGAAAAGUAGGAGUGUUGUUCAAUUCUGCUUUUUAAUUAUUAUUAUUUUUUAAAUUAUCUUAAAAAUCGAAACAAUUGAUUUAGAAAGAAGAAAUGCACUGGAAUCACUCACAGCAUGAUAACACAAAACCCAGAGAUGGGAAGUCUGCACAGAUUGUGGUGUGUUAGGAAGCUAUGUUGUUGUUUUGUUUAGGGUUGGGGGUUUUUUCCCUUUUGGACAGGCUUUUAUUCAUACUGCACCUUUUUUCAUUUUUUUUUUUUUCCAUUUGCUGCCAAAUUAUUCAAGAUGGAACUUGAUAUUUGAUUGUCAAGUGUUUUGGACUAAAAUCUUAAAGCUGACUUGCAGCUAAGUCAGACAUUUACAGUCACGGGUCAUGAGACAGAAUUGCAUUGCGCUGGAGUCCGUAUGAGGAACUGAUACAUGUGAUUCUCGCUUGUAAAACCUUGUGAAAGGUCAUCUUGGUUUGUUAUUAUUCAUGGUCAUGUGGUUCUGUAGCAAUUGUUUAACCACAAUCAGAAAAGCAAAGUGCCUUGAAGCUGACAGUUGAGACGUUUCAGAAGUUCCCAUCUUUGGUAAUAUUUUCUUUUAACUGAUUAAAAAAAUCACUGACACUAAAGGCUUAUACAGAUUUGUUCAACUGCUUUAUUUACUGUUGCAUAUCAAUAAGAUUUUUUUUCUGGUGAUGGCUUCUUUUUUUGUCUUUGAAAAAAAGA